CUUGUUUGUGUUUACUUCCCAAAAUGGCAGCUUGAUCCGUAAAGGUCUAUUGUUCAAUCUUGAUCAAGCAAUUUUGGUCUAUAAAUACCACCACUCUCAAAGUUACAAUUCCCUUUCCCCCCUCUUCUCCUGCCUUGCUUAGUUUGAGAAGAAGCAUUCUUCUCCAUUAUUCCUCUUCCUUAUGCAAAACACAAAGUUCUACCUGCUGUUUAAGUAGUCGUCAAGAAUCUGCACUUCAAACAAGGGAGCUUAAUUCAUCCUAUUCUGUAUCAUCUUCAUCUCUUGAUGUUUCUCUAAGUAAAAUUGCCCUAUCUUGUUUAUGAUAACCACUAUUCUUAAUCGCAUGACAAAUCUUGCUCAAUCAUUCUCCGUUGUCUUCCUUUACUGGUUCUACGUUUUCCAUGAUCUCUGAGCUAAAGAGCCACCGGAGCCUCUGCUUCUUUGCAUGCGACUCUUAGCUUUCCUUUGUCAUAAUUCCGUUGAAAUAUGUACACGCUUUCCUGGAAUUUAAUUUAGCUCCGAGAAAAAUAUAUUCCUUCUAAAACUCCAACGUCUAAUGGCUUCUCCUGGUGGCGCUUCUUCCGGUUCCUCUCUGCUCCAUAACUCCGGCGCCGAAGGUCUGCAGACUGUCACGGACCAGAAGAAGCGGAAGCGAAUGAUAUCCAAUCGCGAAUCCGCAAGGCGAUCCAGGAUGCGCAAGCAGAAGCAGCUGUCGGAUUUGAUAACCGAGUCGAGUCAGCUGCAGAAGGAGAACAGCCAGGCCACAAUGCUCUUGAACAUCAUCACACGGCGCUGCGCGACCGUGGAAGCCGAGAACUCUAUUCUUAGAGCUCAGGUGAUGGAGCUCAGCUAUGCACUCGAGUCACUUGAUGAGAUAACGCAGAGCAUAAGAGGAAGCAACAAUAUGGUCUUGUGGGACGGGACACAGCUGAUGAAUAGCCUUAUGAUCAGUUCGUGGAACUUCAGAUAUAUAAACCAACCCAUGAUGGCUCCAGCAGAGAAAAUGUUUUACUAUCGACAGGGAGCUUAUUAAAGCUGUAUGUGCAUGGCUAGAUUAGUUUGCUAUGUAAGCUUUUAUUCUUAUCUAUUGCAGGUUUGAGGCGGAAGAAGUCCAAGCUCCGUUGUAUCAUUGGUCUUACCAAGACACUGAAGAUUGGUAAUUGGUGUAGUUUGUAUAUGGGUUUCUGUAUCGCUUCCACUUUCCCUGAAACAUGAUUGAUUA